AGAAAAAGGGUGUGUCGUCUGAUGGGAAGGCUGAGGAAGGAGAGAGAGACGAAAGGGGAUUGUCAGUUCGUGCUCAUGCGCCAGGCUCUGCUGUUGCAACAGCAGCCAUGCCAGGCCAGGCUUUGCGAGCUCUGUGCGCUCUCUGCGCCGCUUGAAGGAGGUUCAUUAGUGGAACAGGGCACUGCGUGUGUUUGUGCCGAUCUGGGUGUCGGCAGAGCUCACGUAAUCAACAACCAUUACACAAGUCGAUCGUAAGCGGUGAAACAUGGCGGAUGGAGUGCGCACCCAAGCCUCGGAUGGGAGCGAGGUCGCAAUCCCAGACCAGCGCACACAUUUCAUCAACAUUCCCCUUCACCCUCUCACCGGCCAGGUGGCUGAAGAGCACUUGGAGAGGCUGUCCCUGUACUAUACCAUCUAUGGCGUGGUGUUCGGCAUCGUGGGUCUGGUUGCUAUUUUGGUGCCCCUCUUCUUCAAGAGCUUGCCUCUGGAUCAGUUGAUCGCGUGGUUGUUGGUGGUGGGUGGAGCAGCAACCCUCCUUCAAUUUUUCCUCAUCUGCGGAGCGCCUGGCACCACCUCCUUCCUUCUCCUCGGAGCUCUGCACUUGGGCGUUGGAAUCUGGAUGCUGUUCCAGCGUGUUCCCAACUCCACCAUGCUCGUCUUCAUCAUCUGCGCCUGGUUCCUCAUCCACGGGAUCCUCAAACUGUUGAUGGCGUGCCAAGUGCGUUCCAUUGCGACGUGGCCUGCGGUGUUGACCAGCGGGAUUGUGUCGGUCAUCCUUGCUUUCGUCCUCUUCGCUCUGAGCUCAUGGCUGUUCAAGGAAUCGAUCAAGCUUUUGGGAAUCUUCAUCGGUGGUGAUCUGAUUUUCACCGCUAUUUCCCUUGUGCUCAUCGCCUUCAUGGCUCGCCUCGGCAAGAAUGCCAAGGAGACUCAUCAACCCCUUCUCGCACAGCACGGCAUGGUCUGAUUUUGCAGCUUCAUGAGAAGCGUCAACUGGGGUGCUAGAGAGCAAGUAAGGAAUAUAUGAAAUAUACAAACAGGGAUAUGAAAAAUGUAAAUAGAGCUUGGGAGUAUAAGAGACGAAGUUUGUAAGUACAAUCGAUUUGGUACAGUAACGUGGAAUAUAAUAUAUCUACUGUGCCUAUUCGUACAGUGAGCCUAUCCAAGUCUCUA